AUGGCCGAGCCGCGCUCCAAGAGGCCACGCGUGACGCUGCCUGGCUGCCCGGCGCACCGCCCGCUGCCCGGCAGUCGGGUGCGGCAGAACUUCCCGCCCGCCGUGGAGGAAGGCCUCUGCGCCGUCACCGGCGCCCUGCUGGAGCUCGCCUAUUGCCUGCAGGCGCUGGGUGAAUAUUUUGAUCAGUCACAUGUGGCUCUACCAAAUGUUUCAAAGUUCUUCUUACAUCAAGCUCUGGAAGAGAGGAAAGCUGCAGAGGCUUUGAUGAAAUAUCAGCAAGAAAGAGGUGGCCAUUACUGCUCUAAAACCAUCCAGAAACCAAACUGUGAGUAUGCAGUUGGUCUGAUGAAAGCUCUGGAAUUAGCAAUGGUGCAGUGGAAAACAAUGGUACGGUAUUUUGAAGAGCUUUACGCCCUGAGUAUUGAAAAUGCAGACCCUCACAGUGCAAGCACUAUCAAGAAACAGUUUAUUGAGCCCAAAAUCCGGAAGAUCAAGCUGAUGGGAGAUCUACUGACCACUGCUCGCAGGCUUGACUGCUCCCAGGAUGGCAGAAACAGCCUUGGGGAUUACUUUAUGGAUCGGUUGCAGAAAGAGUUCAGAAGAGGCAUAGAACCAGAGUCGAGUCAGCACUGCAGCCCCUGCCAGCCUCUCCAGCAGUGUACAGGAGGUGCAGAGGGUCUGAAGCGACCCCAGAGAGAAUCUUGCCAGCACAGGAAUGGCAUAGGACCAAUAUACGCAACCAUACACUGCACUACCGCACUACCACACUGCCACAAUGCAAUGACGGGACAGGAGCAAAAGUGA